GAAGGCUCGCGCUCAGGCGGGCGAAAAGGACGAACGAGAGGAGCAGGAGAAGAAUAGAAGAGAGAGAGAGAGAGAGAGAGAGAGAGAGAGAGAAUGCUGCGUCCGGUCGCAGCAUUUGCCAUCAUCAUUGCCGCCUCCGUCGCCGUUCUCGCCGCUUGCUCGGGCGACGGCUCACAGGUCAGGUGCAGCCGCACUUGCGUCGCCGAGAAUUGCGAUACUAUUGGGAUCAGGUACGGCAAGUACUGUGGCGUGGGAUGGACAGGUUGUCCGGGAGAGAAGCCUUGCGACGACCUCGACGCCUGUUGCCAGAUUCAUGAUGAAUGCGUCGAAAAGAAAGGUAUGACUAACGUAAAAUGCCACGAGAAGUUCAAGAGCUGCAUAAAGAAAGUGCAAAAGUCUAGAAAGACGGGAUUUUCUCGGGAUUGUCCUUAUGAGACUGCUGUACCGACUAUGGUUCAGGGCAUGGAUAUGGCCAUCUUGUUCAGCCAGAUCGGUAAUUCCAAGCUUGAGCUCUGAUUUGCUCAAGUUAAGAUGUAGAGUAAAAGAAUCCCAUUCUUUUUUAGCAUCAUCAUGUAAACAUACUUCAAUAUCAAUUGCUUUGUCGCAU